AUGAGAAGUGUUGUGACCCUCUGCAUGCUGAAGCGGCUGUCGGAAAGUCUGCCAAAUUCAACAACGAGGGUGGUUAUGAAAGAUUCUGGUGUCGCCAGGUUUGGGGUCUUCUCUGCGUCCACGAACACGGCCACCAAGUCUGACCUGAUGGAGACAGUGGAACCGGACAAAGGGCAUGCACACAGCCUUGUUGGACGAGACUUUCUCAGUUUGAAUCACUUCAAGAGUGAAGACAUCAAGCAGUUUUUGUGGACGGCCAAAGACCUCAAGACAAGAAUCAAAGACAAUGGAGAAAUUUUUCAGCCUCUGGUUGGUAAAUCAGCUGCUUUGGUCUUUCAGAAGCGAAGUACACGUACAAGACUAUCGGCAGAAAUGGGAAUGACAAAACUUGGUGGCAGUGCCUGUUUUUUAGGACCAGACGACAUUCACCUUGGUGUUAAUGAAAGUGUCAAAGAUUCAGCCAGAGUUUUAACUUCCAUGGCUGAUGUUAUUGUAGCCAGAGUACAUGGCCAGGAAGUUUUAGAUGAACUGGCAAACGAGGCAAGAAUUCCUGUUAUCAGUGGAUUGUCUGACUUUCUUCAUCCGUUACAGAUUCUGGCAGACUUCAUGACAUUACAGGAACACUUUGGUUACCUCCGUGGACUGAAGAUUGCCUGGAUUGGAGAUGGAAAUAAUGUUCUUCAUUCUCUACUGUACGGCUGUGCCAAGAUCGGAAUAGAUCUGAAUGUUGCUACACCAGCGGGCUAUGAACCAGAUGCCACUGUAACUAAUGAUGCAUUGAAACUUGCAGGCAAGACGGGAGCCUCCUUUCGCAUUGGCAAUGACCCCAGGCAGGCAGCUUACAGAGCUGAUGUCAUAGUGACUGACACUUGGGUCAGCUUGGGACAAGAACAGGAGAAGCAGAAACGUCUCAAGGAUUUUGCUGGCUUCCAGAUUAACAGAAAGAUGCUGAAAGAGGCUGGAGGAAGUUGGGUGUUUCUGCACUGUCUGCCUCGCAAGAAGGAGGAAGUAACGGAUGACAUCUUCUAUGGGGAAGAAUCUCUGGUGUGGCAGGAAGCAGAAAACCGAAUGUGGACUCUCAUGGUAAGCUUUUCAUGCGAUGUCAGACAAAAUGAUAUACAGGACAAUAGGUCUAGUUGCAAUCAAGAUCAGCGUCGCACAAUCACAUAG